CUGUGUGUGUGACGCAGGCGCCGUGGUCGAGACUCGCUGCAGCAUCGCUCACAAAACAAGCAACGAUUUUCUUUGGUUCAUUUCCCUACUAUGAACUGUGUCUUCCUUUAGUGAAACUUUUCUGCAGCACACGGAGUUAUAUACAAGGGAUGAAAUUUGAGUGGUAAUGUAUGGAAAGAUGUAUCAUGCGGUGGGCAACAUGAGGCACCUCUAUCGUGAACCAGUCACGCACCUUCACUGGACCAAUGGGAAUGCAAACUCGGAAAACCCUGCGAGUUAUGAGUGGCUGGUGAGGGUGACGUCACAGUCUUAUUGAUUACUGUUGUGGCGGGAGCACGUGGGUGACCACUCGAGAGGUCCCGCGGCGACAAUAUUGAUCCCGGACUCGCUGGAAAAUAAGUCCCCACACAAUCCAGUGACACAAUUCCUUAUCGCGCACACCUAAACUUACCAAAUACUCGCUACAAUUUCAAGAUGGAAGACAGGAACCAAGAAUUUCAUUUUCGGUUUAGCAUCGUCCUGUCACACAGUCUCCUGAGCGGGGUGUGACUUAUUCUCCAUCUCAGAUUUUUCGGACGCUGCAGAAAUGCUGCAGUAGGCCAGUCUUGGCACAACUGAGUGCGAGGCCGUGGCCACGGCGCCGGUGUGCAGCAUGCGACGAGAGGCUGCGAGGGCGCCCCUGCACACUACUCAACCUCAAGGUACAGCUGAUGAAGUAGCAAGCACACAGACCAACACUAAUCAGCACAAUUGCAGUGUCACGUCCCAAAUAUCAUCCCAGUCAAACGUUGAGUGGUGGUGGGUGGUGAGCAAGAUAAAUGGUGGGCGUGUGGACGAGGGUCUGGCAUGGCGUGGACGCGAUCGUGGCGGCGGUGGCAGCGAUGGGCGUGUUUAGGGGCGGCAGUGGUGGUGAGCGCUUGGUUGCUGCUGGCCGCCCCUUGUGCCCUGUUAGCCUGUCCACCGCGUGAUCCAGCUGAAGCCGCCGCCGCCGCCACCCAUCAGCCUCACAGAGACAGGGAUGCCGCCCUUCUUGUGUGCUCAACUCUGUCUUUCACAACCACAGACCAUCAGCAGAGACAGACUCAAGGUUCCCCACAGCUGGACAAGGACAGUCCAUACAAUGUGUUGUAUGAAUGGCUUCCUGCCUCACGCAGCUUUGGUGCUAAUGAGUCUGUCAGUUACACAACGCACACCACACCUGAAAUGAUCAGCCACGUUGGAGAGUUGGCCACCCGCUGGUCGGGGCCACUCUCUGUGGCAGUUUUUGUCCCUUAUACAGAUUUCUGCUUGGCUGCUGCCCGAGUGGCUUAUCUCAGAGCCUGUGGUCCUGUAGAGGUGAGAGAGCAGGUCUCAUGGCACUUCUUCUGGCCCCGUGACUCGCCUCCAGCAGCUGACUGGCAUUUGAUUGUAGAUGAGAAGACAUGUGAUUGCAAUGCAGAGGAGACUACAGCGUCGAUUCGGACCUUCCGCACACUGGAAGUCCUCCCAUACCCUGUCAAUGUGGCUCGUAACAUCGCCCGCACUGCGGCGAGUACUUGGUAUGUGUUGCCCUCAGAUGUGGAGCUCUACCCAUCAGAGGGACUGGCCCAGCAGUUCUUAACCAUGAUAUCGCGUAUAACAGAGGGACUUGAGGUGCGGGCGGCCUCUGUGUCGCCCCGAGUUUAUGUGGUGCCAGUAUUUGAAGUGGCCAGCACUGUGCCAGCCACAAAGGAGGAACUGCUUCAGCAGUACCACCGCCAUGAUGCCGUCUACUUUCACCGUCACGUGUGUGCACACUGCCAGCGUUUUCCUGCCAUUGCCGAGUGGAUUACACAGCCGGGUACCCCAGGUACCAUUAAGACCUUCUCUGUUGUGAAGCGCGAGUUCCCCUACCACCGGUGGGAGCCCAUCUACAUAUGUACCAAGCAAGAACCCCUUUAUGAUGAACGGCUGUCAUGGGAAGGGCUUCAGGACAAAAUGACUCAGAUGCACGAGUUGUGUUUGCAGGAGUACAAUCUGGUAAUCCUGGACCGAGCCUUCCUGGUCCACGCACCCGGCAUCAAGCGCAGAAGCAAAAGUAAGACCAAGGAUGAGACAUGGAGGGAACCCUUUGUUAUCAAGAACUCGAAAAUCUAUGACCAAAUCAUGGAGGAAAUGCAGAAGAAGUAUGGCCACAGUGAGAAAUGCCGCCGCCACUGACAUCACUCACCAGUGCCGGCAGGAGACUGAUGCUUCCUACAAUGGAUAUCAUGCAAUACAGAGUGACAAGAUUAUUUUUCCACUAUAUGUGAUGAAAUUAAUGCGGGUAACAGAGGUGCUUAACCUGUGGUGUUGUGCUCAGUUUCCAAACUUCACCUGCAAUGGCUUUCUCCUCAUAUCCUUAGGUUCUAUUUUCUAUCCAUAUGUGGUAAGGUUUUCUCUCAGAAUCCCAUAUCAUUAAGCAACUUGUAAAACGUAAUACUCAUAAUACAUCCAACAGUGAUUAUGUGAUUCUUACAUAAAUAGUCUAAUGAAAGUCAAGUACAUAAGGACUUAAACGUCUCUCCCUUCACUUGCAUGUGCAGGAUGCACAAGCAGAAAAUCCAUGUUAUGUGUACUGCUGUACACUGUUCAAACUUUGCAGUCUCUCUCUCUCUCUCUCUCUCUCUCUCUCUCUCUCUCUCUCUCUCUCUCUCUCUCUCUCUCUCUCUCUCUCUCUCAGAUGGAAAUAAUGUAUCCUUUUUCCAUCAUCAGCAGAAAUGCCCUUCUUGCAUCAUACAACACUGGUCCACCCAGCAUCCCAUCCAUUUCUUCAUUGUUCACAAACUGUUUCAUGUUACAAUCACUGACACUUUCAUACAUUGCCUGCAUUGUUUUUAAGGAGAUAAAUGAUUUGCACAUCAGUCCCAACUCUUUCAUUAUAGAGAACUUAAUUGUUCUGAUGAAACAAUAAAAAGUAAUGCAGAUCCUUGGUUGCCAGAUGUGAAGCAAAUAAUUGUUGAAAAUAUUUUGAUAUAAAAGGACACCAUGAUUAGUGUCUCAUAUCCUUCAAGCUCAUGACAAGCUCUGUAACAGCUCUAAAUGAUGUGAUGUGCACUGCCACUACUGCCGUCACCACCCCUUACAAAGUUAGCUCUUCAUGCUGAGUACCUGUCUAUGAAUUUGGCCACGUAAAAUUUAGAUUAGAAAUAAGUUCAAGCUUUUUUCUUCUCCUAACACAUGCUUCAGAAUAAAGCUAAUAUUUCUAAAGCUAGGCAAUGUAGUUGCUUGAAGCAGGCAGUAGUGUAGCUUCCCAUCUUGGGAUGGCAUUAACCACUGCAAAAUUAGCAACUGCAGCUUAUAAAACUACUAAUUUUCAAUCUCAACUUAGAAUAGAAGCAAUACUUUAAACUACUUUUCAGCUUAAGACAAUAGAGUGCACAGCCACACGGCUCAAAUAAACUUUAUGUAUCACAAAAAAAUUGUACCUUCUGUGGAAAGUUCUUUAGCAUCUGCAUGAUUAGAUCUGAUAAGUAACAUCUAGGCAGCAUGUUGGCAUUAUUUGUCCAAGUGACCUUAGAAUCAUCGCACAAGGCUGUUCGUACGUAGAUACAGCAAUAUGCAUGGCAAGACACAGCUGACAGUCAUCACUCCAACCAGAUUCCUAUUUAUCACAAAUUUAAUACAUCUUGAAAGCCUUUUACACCAAGCCAGUGCAGUACCUUAAGUUAAAAUGUUAUGAAGUCCCAACGAAAUAGAGUCUAGUAAGCUAU